UCCUCUUCUUCUAACAAGAUCCAUCAGAAGCUUUCUUCAUCUCUGCUUUCAGACCUUCCCAGCAGAGGUUCUCAAGAAGAUGGAGAGAAUGGCUUCGCCAUUGUCGAUUCUCGUCUGCAUCUUGCUCAUUCUUCUGGCCAAGCCGCCCACGUCGGACGUGGCGGCACGGUCCAAAGUGUCCUUCGUCGACAACUUCAACAUAAUGUGGUCCGAGGCACACUUCAAGACCUCUGAAGAUGGCCAGAUCUGGUACUUGUCGCUGGACAAAGAAACAGGUUGCGGGUUUCAAACGAAGCAGAGAUACCGGUUCGGUUGGUUCAGCAUGAAGCUCAAGCUCGUGGGGGGUGACUCCGCCGGAGUGGUCACUGCUUACUAUAUGUGUUCGGAGAACGGGGCAGGGCCAGAGAGGGAUGAGCUGGACUUCGAGUUCUUGGGGAACAGGAGCGGGCAGCCAUAUCUGAUCCAGACCAAUGUGUACAAGAACGGGACGGGCGCGCGCGAGAUGCGGCACAUGCUCUGGUUCGACCCGACCGCGGACUUCCACUCCUACUCCAUCCUCUGGAACAACCACCAGAUUGUGUUCUUCGUGGACAAAGUGCCGAUCAGGGUGUACAAGAACAACGGGGAGGCCAACAACUUCUUCCCCAACGGGAAGCCGAUGUACCUCUUCUCGAGCAUCUGGAACGCCGACGACUGGGCGACGAGGGGCGGGCUCGAGAAGACAGACUGGGCCAGAGCGCCGUUCGUGUCCACCUACACGGACUUCAGCUUCGACGGGUGCGAGUGGGAGGACCCUUUCCCGGCCUGCGUCUCGACCACGACCGGGAACUGGUGGGACCAGUACGGAGCCUGGCACUUGUCCGGCGAUCAGAAGAUGGACUACGCUUGGGUUCAGCGAAACCUCGUCAUCUACGACUACUGCAAGGACAACCAGAGGUUCCCUACUUUGCCUUGGGAGUGCUCGCUCAGCCCCUGGGAUUGAUCGGCAAAGAUCUACAGCUAGUGCGGAUUGUAUGGUCCAUCCAUUUUUUCCCGUCUAAGAUGUGUGAUUCGUUUUGUAAGUUGUGUUAUUUAUUGAUUCUUAUUCGAUUA